AUGUCGGAGAUCAUAUUUGAAGCCCUGCAUUCAAUUACUACCAAAAAUGCUAUGGAAUACGCGGCCAAGGCCAAGGAGCAUCCCAUCGGUAUCGCCAUGGGUGCCCUUGGGCUGCUUGCGUUCCAUGCUAUCCACAAAUCAGUGAGGCGGUCGACGAUGCUGAGCCACGUUCCAGGGCCCAAAGCACCUUCUCUUGUCUGGGGUCAUCUUAACGAAAUGCACGACCCAGUCAACGGAACUCAAAUAGAAGCAGGGAUGUUAGAGGCCUACGGCACAACCUGUCGGGUGAAAGGAAUGAUGGGCGUUGACGAUUUAUGGACAGCUGACCCUCGAGCUAUUUACGAAGUGCUGGUCAAGGAGGUUGAGUAUUUCCAUCAAUCUCCGAACUUUGCUUUGUGGAUGGAAGUUCUGUUUGGUAAAACUCUUAUCAAUACUCACGGCCAGACACACAAGCACCUGCGCAAGCUGACAAACCCCGCAUUUUCACCAAAACACAUGCGCGACUUGGUACCUACACUCGGAGCAAUCGUUGAUCGUCUCGAAGACGUCUUUCGUUCUCAGGUGCAGGAGGCUGGACAGCCCAGCACCAUAAUCGAUGUCUACCACUGGUGUCACUACGUAGGACUAGAAAUGAUUGGACAGGCCGCUAUGGGUCACUCCUUCCAUCUCAUGGAAGGCGAAGAACCUCCAUACAUCAAGGCAGCUGGACAGCUCUUCCCAACGAUGUUUGCAGCAUGGUAUAUUCGGCCAUUCUUGCCACUACUUGUGAAGAUGGGGCCAAAGAGAUUCCAAAGAUUCGUUGUUGGGCAUACCCCUAUUCAAACAGUACAACAACUGAGAAAUAUUUCCGAUGUGAUGGACAACGAGGGAGUUCGUCUUUUGCGAAGCAAGCAAGAGGCAGCCGCGAACGGAACUUUGUACGCUCAGGUGGCUGCCGGAAAGGAUAUCAUGACAUUACUACUGGAACAAAAUAAGGUAAUGCCGCCGGAAGAACAAAUGUGCGAAGCAGAGCUCGCGGCUCAAGUCAAUGGUGCUGCAGCUCGAAUCAUACACCUACUGGCAAUACACCAAGAUAUCCAGGCUACCUUAAGAAAUGAAAUUUCCGAGGCAUUCGAAGCCCAUGGUUCAGAUCUUGACUAUGAUCAACUUAACUCGCUCACAUACCUGGACGCUAUUUGUCGAGAAACAUUGCGCUUAUUCCCACCUGUUGUGGCCCUUGAAAAGGUUGCGCAAAAGGAUUGUACUCUUCCGCUUCAGUACCCGAUCAAGUCAAAGGAUGGAAAGACCAUGAUCACAGAGGUAACGGUCCAGAAAGGAACGAAUGUCUAUUUGUCGCUUGUGGCUCCCAACAGAAACAAAGCAGUGUGGGGGGAAGAUGCUGACGAGUUUAAACCCUCACGCUGGCUCGGAGAGCUUCCCUCGGAAGUACAAGACACCAAGCACCCCGGUAUUUUCUCAUCUCUGAUGACGUUUGGCGGAGGAUCCCAUGCUUGCAUUGGAUUCAAAUUUACCCAGAUCGAAAUAAAAGUGAUCAUUACAAAGCUGGUCAACUCGUUCAAGUUUGAACUGGCGAGCGGGACACGGGUCAACUGGGAAUCUGAUGGGGUAGUGAAACCGUAUGCCUACUCUCCUGACGGGACAAAGAGCCCUACGCACUCCAUGCCACUGAAGUAG